CUCGUUUUAUUGAAGCUUUUGCCACCAUGGGGUUGUUUUGAGUGUCUGGAUAUGUUUUUUAGGUAUGAUGGGGGAGAGGGAAAACCUGCAUCAUUCUUCUGCUUCCAAGCCCAGAGACAGUUUAUUUAAACUCUUGUUCUGGAAAGGAGUUGGAGCCAUUCUGUGGAGCAGAGGCUGUGCCCAGGAGUGGGAAAUGGCUCUGUAUGGGGAAGACUGGAUCACAGGAGCAUCCUAGUAAAGCCCCACAAAGGAGCAGGACCUGGUUGGGCCCUGUGAGCUUGGGGUGUUGUCCAAGAUCACUUCGUGGCAGGAGGAGCUGAGGGACACUCUUGUCCCUGGAGGGUGCCCCUGUGCCCCUGGGGAUGGCAGAAGUCAUUUGUGAAGAAGGUGGAGACUCGGCUGCUGUGAUGGAACUGCUGCAGCAGAGAGCAGUGGGAAGGACCAAUUUCAGACUCAGAUGCACCAAUGACAGAAAGGUGAUUAUUGCGGUCACCGUGCUCACUGUGGUGCUGCUUCUCACAGUUGCCAUCAUCAUGCUGGCAGCUAAGAAAGACCCACCCUGUCCGGCUCCCACCCUGCCCAGCUGCCUGGAGAGUGGGAUUGGCUUUGGGAACAAGUGCUUUUACUUUCUGGAGGAGGAAGUGGACUGGGAAGGGAGUCAGCACUCCUGCCUCUCCCGCCAAGCCCACCUGGCCACUAUCGACACCAGGGAGGAGCUGCAUUUCCUCCUGCGCUAUGGGAACUUCAUGGAGUACUGGGUUGGUCUCUGGAGGGAAGGUUCUGGACCUUGGAAAUGGCUCAAUGGCUCCCUCUUCAAUGCCCUGUUUGACAUCCAGGGCAACGGCCACUGCACCUACACGAACUCCCACAGGAUCAGCAGCGACAGGUGCUCUGAGACGAAAUUCUCCAUCUGCAGCCACCUGCAGAGACACCUCAGUGAAGUCCAGAAGGAUACAGAAAUCCUGAAUUCCACCUGAAACCUCCCUCUUAACAGAGAUCCACCACCAACUGGUGUUAACCCCACACAAUGUGGUACUGAGUCUCUGUUGUUUGUAUUUGUUUAAAUUUUAGCUGGCAAACAACUUGCAGGUUGGGAUGAGUCUGUUUGCUGAAACUCUGUCCAUUUGCUAAAGUGACGACCAAUGAUUGUGCAAAAAAAAAAAAAAAAAAUCAAUCAAAACUUGCA